AUGUUAAAGAAGCUGAAGGAGGGUGCAAAAGAUCCGAGAGAAGUUAAACAAGGUGAUCAAUUCGAGGCCGAGAUUCAAGAGUGCAAGCAAAUCAACGCCAAGCAAGGAGUGGAUACGAUUUUUGCCGAAGUUUGUCUUCAUAUCGAUGGCUUCAUGAAGGAUGGUGGUGGUGGUUUAGCCUUUGCUCGACCUCCUACGUGCCCCGUUUCAGCUGCUCAUGUUGUGUCAUCCGAUAAUUCA